CUCACACACACACACACACACACACUGUUAGAUUCAUCAAUGGAGUCGCGACGGAAAAGAACGCAAGCUCUAAAGCCAAUUUCAUCCAAGCUCGAAUCCAGGAAAACACUCAAAUCGAAGAGAAAAGAAGAGGAGGAGGAAGACUACAGCGAUCUGUGCUGUGAGAAAUGCGGGUCGGGUCAGCACGCGGCGGAUCUUCUGCUAUGCGAUGAAUGUGACCGUGGAUUCCACCUAUUCUGCCUCCGUCCGGUUCUCGUUGCUGUGCCCAAAGGCCGCUGGUUCUGCCCGUCUUGUUCCAAUCACAAAAACCUUCCAAAAUUCCCACUAGUGCAAACUAAAAUCGUUGAUUUUUUCCGCAUUCAAAGAUGUUCGCAAUCCGAAAGUCUCAGUCCAGAUUCUAGAAAGAAGCGAAAGCGAAGCGGUGGACUAGUUAUGUCAAAGAAGAGCAGGAAAUUGUUGCCUUUUAACCCGACCGAAGAUCCGACCAGAAGAUUGGAACAGAUGGCCUCUUUAGCUACGGCAUUGACAGCAACCGGCACAGAGUUCAGUAACGAGCUCACUUAUGUUGCAGGCAUGGCUCCAAGAUCCGCAAAUUGUGCUCAUCUUGAAAGAGAUGGAAUGCAGGUAAUGUCGAAAGACGAUGCAGAAACGUUGAAUCUCUGUAAGAAUAUGAUGGGACGAGGAGAAUGGCCGCCCCUAAUGGUUGUUUUCGAUCCACUUGAAGGAUUCACCGUGGAAGCAGAUAGACACAUACGAGAUUUGACCAUAAUCACAGAGUAUGUGGGAGAUGUUGACUUCUUGAAAAACCGCGAAAACGACGACGGAGAUAGCAUGAUGACUCUUCUCACCGCAGCUAACUCUUCGAAAAGCCUCGUCAUCUGUCCAGAUAAGCGGAGUAACAUUGCUCGGUUUGUCAAUGGCAUCAACAACCAUAUACCAGGUGGAAAGAAGAAACAGAAUGUGAAAUGUGUGAGGUAUAAUGUGAACGGCGAAUGCAGGGUUCUUUUAAUUGCGAACAGAGAUAUUAGAAAGGGAGAGAGGCUCUACUACGACUAUAACGGAUACGAAAACGAGUACCCUACCGAGCAUUUUGUCUGACCUUGAGAAUCGUGACUCCUCAACUAAUACAAGAUACAUAGGAAAUUUUGACCAAGGUAUUUUUGUGUGUAUUCAUUCUCUCACACGGCUUGUUGUUUACAUUCGGACACAGCUGGCCAAAAAUUGUGCCGAAAAUCCCGUGUCGAGCUGUUAAGUUAUCUUCUUGUAAUAAGCCUGUGCGAUAACAUGCUUUAUAACUCAAAUUUAACCCUGCUAAUUAGUGUACUUGAAAUGGUUGCUUCAAA